AUGGGUGGGGUAAGCAAACGCAAAGCACCGCCUAGCAAUGGCGCCGACGGUGCUUCUUUCAAGAAGAGCAAGGGGGGAAGUGCUGGCAAAUGGACGACGCCGCAUCAGAAGACAAAGAUGGAGUCUCUGAGGGCCAAGGGACGACUGCUCGAGGUCGGCGAUGUGGGGUUCUGGGCCAGCUGUCAACGAGGACAGGAGCAGAGGGCCCUCGGAGAGCUCAUGUCCAUCUGUGAUGAGUACGGAGAGAAGCUGUACGGCAUCAAGCCCGAGGAGGUCGGCGAGGACAGCGAUGCCGAGGACGCCGACAUCGAAGCCUCCAUCCAGAAGGAGCUCGACGCGAUGAAGCCCACAGGCAAAUCCCGACAUGCAGACUCGGUCUUUGCCCCCAUGCGUGUCGGCAUGGACUGCUUGCUCUUUAUGAAGACCAAGCCCCCUGUCGAGCCGACGGCAUUCGUCCGAAGGAUCGUCGAGGAUGCGCAAUCCACCUCGAGCCAUGGCCAGAGGAAAUCCAGAUUCCUGAACAGGCUCACGCCCAUCACGCUGAUGGGCAAGGCGACUGGGACGGGCGUGGAGGAGGUUGCCAGAACCGUUCUGGCGGAGCACUUUCAGCUCGCAGGGGUAGACGAGCAACCCCUGGAUGAAGAGUCGGAUCCGGGCUCCACGUACGCAAUUCGUCUGACAACAAGAGCGCACAACUCCCUGAAGCGGGACGAUGUUAUCAAGCAGAUUGCAAGCCUAAUUGGCCCGCGACACAAGGUCAACCUUACGAACCCUGACAAGGUCAUUAUCGUUGAGCUCUUUCAGACAUUUUGCGGCAUGAGCGUCGUCGAGGGUGACUGGGACGCAAUGAAGCGGUACAACCUCAACGAGCUGUACGUCGCGGCUAUAGCUCAGGCCAGGGAAGCGAGAGCCAAGGCCGACGGGCAUACCGGCGAGAAGGCCGAUGAGAAGCCCCGCGAGAAGACUGAAGAGAAGCUGGGGGAACAGGCGGAUGAGAAGGACCAGUAG